CUGAAAUUUAUAAUAUUAUUUUUAAUGAGUUCUGUAAAAAGAAAUAAAAGAGGCAUAUGCCAACAUGAUAACUGUAGGGCACCAAGAGAAGUGUUCUGUACUAAGCAUGAGAAAGUUCUCUGCGAGUUGCAUCAAUCAUACCACCAUUUUGAGUGUCCAUGUGAGCAGUUCAUCACAUCUCAGCAACUCAAGAAUGCCCUGAUUCCAUUGAACAACAGUCUGCAUCAGAUCUCUCAAUACGGAAAAGCCUACGACAGCGUUGGGUAUCUGAUUGACAACUUUGAAGAAGCUUUAGGAUCUUUAAAGCAAGAGUUCGAAGAGAUCAAACAAGAAAUCAGCAACAAGAUCGAGCGUGAUCAGUUCCUUCACUUCACCAAGUUGAAGAAGAGAUGCGAAGAAUUUUAUGCAAAAUUUAAGAGAAGCGAUAUCUACUCGGCUUUCAAAGAGUUUAUGUUCAACAAGCACCUCGAAGACCCCACGACCAAGGCUGUCAUUGAUGCGGAGAGUUCGAAUAGAGCAGUUGAGGAGAGAAAGGAGUUUGACUUAAUUCUCAGAAGGGUCUCACAAGAAGUUGAACAGAAGGUCAGACAAGAGGUUGAAGCUACAGCGGCUAGAGAUGUCGAAGAGCUUAGAAAGGAAGUCGAAGAAAUCAAGCAACAGGCAGAAGAGCAUAAAUAACCUCAGCUCCACACAAGCCACAGAAAUAGAUGCUCUCAAAACUAAAAUUGAAAAGCAAAAGACUGAAAUUCUGCAGCUCAACGAAGCCAAAGAGAAAGCUGAAGAAGAGUUUAAGAAUAGUGUCACUGAAUUGACACAGCUUCAGGAGACUUUUCAUAAAGCACCUCCUCUUGUUUGCAAAGAUAUCUGGAAGAGAAUUUACGGCAAAGAUAUGGUCUUCGAUAAAAACACAAAAAUUGAAUUAAGAAUGAAUCAACAAAAAGACAAAGACUUUGUAACUGAACUAGCCAACCUCAAAAUAAAACUUCCAAACAUAAAGAGACUCGCACUAGCCCAGGACAAGAAGGAAGACCCAGUUAUCAAAGAGUUCUUCAAACACUGCUUCCCAGACCAAGUUGAACUCUUCUGUUACAAUUGGGAUAGAGCUUUAGCUGCCGAACAGACGAAGCUGAACUACUACUUUAUAAUAGUGAAGGGUAUAAUCCCUAGAGUCACCAGAGAGGUUUACCUUUGUGACUUGGACAUGACCAAACAAGAAUUUGAGUACAUCGUCAGCAACUGAAAAGCUCCCAGAUUGGUAAUCAGAUACUCUAAAUUCGACACUUCCUCUGCUGUUACCUUCACCUGCGCCCACUCCAACAUCCAGUACUUGUCCUUCCAACAUAGCGGCCGCUCUGAAAGAAAUGACUGGCCGUCCACCCCCUCCAAGUGCAAGCACAUCCUUCAGGCGAUCUCGAAGUCAGGCCUCAAGGACUCCCUCCACACUCUCGAAGUGGCAUACUGUGGGUUGAGUGUAGACGAGGUCAAGGCCUUUCUGCCAGAGGUCGGUCUGGAGGUCGGUAAAGUUAUCGAUAAUUACCACGACCCUCUGUCAGAUUAA